AUGGGUUACAUCCUCUACGUCGCCAACAAGCGCUACUCCAGCUGGUCCAUGAGACCCUGGGUCCUCCUCAAGGCCCUCAACGUCCCCUUCGAAGAGCGCCUCCAGACAUUUGUCGCCGGCCUCCGUCAACCCGCCUUCCUCAGCUUCUCCCCCUCGGGCAAAGUGCCCGCCCUCCAAGACGGCGACACCACCGUCUGGGACUCCCUCGCCAUCGUCGAGUACAUUGCCGAAGACCACCCCUCCGCCUGGCCCCGCGAUAAAGCCGCCCGCGCCUUUGCCCGGAGCGCCGCCGCGGAGAUGCACGCCGGCUUCGAGGCCAUCCGCAACCAGUGCUCCAUGAAUGUGGCGCUGCGCAUCGAUCUCGGCGGGCCGCCCGACGCGGCGCUGCAGCGCGACCUCGACCGGCUCGAUGAGCUGUGGGUCGACGGGCUGACGCGCUUUGGCGGGCCGUACCUCGCGGGCGGGGCGUUUAGCGCCGCUGAUGCCUUCUUUGCGCCCGUCGCGACGCGGAUCCAGACGUUUGGGUUGCGGGUGUCGGCGCCUGCGAUGGCGUAUGUGCGGACGUUGUUGGAGCACCCUGCUGUCGAGCAGUGGGUUGUGGAAGGGAUCGCGGAGACGGCGAGGGAGCCGUACCAUGAGGAGGAUGUGCGGAGAGGACGAACGGUCUUGGAGGACUUGUCUAGGUCGUUGUGA